GUGUAUGGCGCUCUGUGUUUCACUGGCUUCGCCUGAGAGGAGCGAGUACGACUAAUACAUUCACAGAACAAAUGUUGUAGAUCAAGGGAAGACUGAUCUGGUUGGGUCACAAUAUGGUGGGAUAGUUUGGUAUGCUUCACCAAGUUCCCCGGGGUCGCUUGGAUUGUUACUGAGCCGGAGAAGACAUUGCUGGGUGAGUGGUGACUUGAAGCCUGAUAUCACACUAUUAGAUAACACAUUAUAGUGCUCUCGCAUUGGGUUUGUUUAGGCUUAACAACUCUUUUUCAGACUCAAGAUUUCAGACUCUGCUUUUGGUGUUAAAUCCAACUCCUCUUCACCCAAACCACAAAUGAGCAUGCCACUCUCUACACAACAUUGACAAUAUAGGAGUAGCAUUCGACAGUGCAAGCUUCAGGCCUCCGAGAAUGCACACAUGCCUAGUGCAGAUUUUUGUAGCCGCCGUGAGCAACAUGACGGUGCUGGACACUGCUGACUCCCAGGACCUUGACACAACAUCAGACAAGCCCAUCUACCCCAUCAGCUUUCAGGUUUCUCUGACAGGAUUUCUACUUCUGGAGAUAGUUUUGGGCUUGAGCUCCAAUCUCACUGUGCUUGUGCUCUACUGUAUGAAACAGAACCUCAUCAGCUCCGUGUCCAACAUCAUUACUAUGAACCUGCAUGUAGUGGAUGUGUUGGUUUGUGUGUGCUGUAUCCCACUGACAGCAGUGGUGGUGUUAUUUCCUUUGGAGACGGACACAGCCAUGAUCAGCUGUUUCCAUGAAGCUUGUGUCUCCUUUACAAGUGUAGCAACUGCUGUUAAUGUCCUGGCCAUCACUGUAGAUCGCUAUGACAUCUCAGUGCGGCCGGCGAGUCGCGUGCUUACAAAGGGCCGGGCUGUGGCUCUACUGGGGUGCAUUUGGGCUUUAUCCUUUGGCAGUUUCCUGGUUCCUUUCAUGGAAGUCAGCUUCUUCAUCAACUCUGUUCCAGACCUUGUGAACGGGACGGUUGUGGUAACAGUGGCUCAUCCAAAUGAGUACUACACAGAGCAGGGCUUGUACUAUCACCUGGUAGCACAGAUCCCAAUAUUCUUUUUUACAGCUCUGGUGAUGCUGGUGACUUACUACAAAAUACUUCAGGCACUUAAUAUCCACAUUGGUGCACACUUUCAGAGCCACUUACCCAGCAAGAAGCAAAAGAGAAAAAACACUCUCUGUCUGAGCACUGCAACACAAGCAGAGUCCACAGACGCUUCACGGAGCAGCACAGGAGUCAGGGCAGGAGGGAAUCCACCUCUGGACAUGCAUGUCUCAGUAUCGGUCAUAAUCACGCUCAGACGAGCGGUAAGGCGCCAUCGGGAGAGACGGAAGAGGCAGGAACGUGUCUUCAGGGUGUCUCUUCUCAUCAUUGCCACAUUCUUACUUUGCUGGACACCAAUAACUGUCCUCAACACCAUCAUCCUCAGCACCGGGCCCAGUGGUUUAACUGUUCUGCUGCGCUUAGGCUUCCUGGUAAUGGCAUAUGGAACCACUAUCUUUCACCCGCUUUUGUAUGCCUUCACUCGGCAGAAGUUCCAAAAGGUUUUAAAAAGCAAUAUGAAGAAAAGGGUUGGGUCUGUAGUGGAAGCUCUACACCAAACAAUGUAGUCAUCCAUAAGCUGUGGAUUGACCCCAGGAGAAAUAAAAAGGUCACCGUAAAGGACA